AACUGUUGCUGUCCAGAGGUAGAAAUGGGCUGGCCGUGGAUUCAUCUGCUCCUUUUGGCUGUGUGCUCGCUGCAUGGGAUACAGUCCCACUUUGUUUGGAAUACGGGGGGUGGGUCUUCGAUCUUUGUGGCCAUUGCUAUACCCCUGGAGUUGAAGGCCGAAGUUUUUCUGUCCUACAACUUUGAGGUUACCUACCGACUGCCCAAAUCUUGGACAGACAAGCCGGUCGUUCUGCGACAUGGCAAUGGCACCAAUGGGGACUAUGCUCUGAGUGAGUACAGUGGGCAUCCUGGACACUACGGGCCUGACUACUAUGAGGAUUACAGCAAUGAUCAUCAUUCUGGAGGGCACAAGCACAAGCCGUCGCACCAUAAGAAGAAGAAGAAGAAAAAGCCCCCAGGUGGAGGAGCAGGAGGAGCUGCCCUGAAGCCACCAAAGCAUAAACACAAACGUAAGCACAAGCACAAGAAGCAGCCGACGCCACCGCCACCAAACGACGAGGACGAUGGAGACUACAAGGACUUCUUUGAGGGAUUUCCGCUAGAUGGCGAUGGCGAUCCAGUGCCCAGGCAUCGCCACGAGAGAUCCCUGUUCUCCCGCUCAAAGUUCUACGAGAUAUUGAGUCGCCGCUUUGAGCAGCACGGCUUCGGCUCCGGUGAUCAGUGCCUGCUGCGGCUGAUCUGCGAGGCGAACUGCUACCAGCUGGGCAAUCUCAAUGGAGUGCUGGGCAGCCUGGUUCACGUCAUGUUCAGUCCCACCAGCUCUCGCUACGAGUCGCUGCCGAAGCGCUACUACAUCGCCGAGCUGGCUGGCCAGAGGGGCAGCUGCAAGGGCUACCGGAGCGGGUGCAAGCAGAGCAUUCUCGACCUGAUCACGCAACCCAUACGCCGCAAUAAAAGCUGAGUUCUGGUUCUGUCCACCGAGUUUAUUCAGGUGCUGUUCAUGAAUCGUUUGAAGCCAGGCCAGAAGCAGUUGCU